GUACGUAAAGCCACGUGCUCUUCGCCUCGAUCACCGUAAAUCUUCCGCGUACUGCAUGCUCUUGCUACAUACAUAGAAUGAACAAUCCCAGAACCUGUUGAGAAGGUAAAACCUAAUUGACAGACAUGUCCAUGAGCCAGAUGACUCAAUCAGACUACUCUUUGUUCGCGUCUUCGGCUUUCGAUGCCAACGAAUAUGCCAAUGCAACCCUUUCCGGAGAUCCAUACCUUCCUUCCAGCGAUUCAAAGACAUCAAGUACAGGCAAGCAGGCCAGCAAACUGUCUGCGCCAGAGGCAUCAGCAAAAGACGACAUUUCCCUAGCCAUUUCCAAACUAUCUCUUGGAAUUGAAGAUGUCUCGAAACAAAUCAAAUCUCUCGUUACUAUGCACCAUGAGGACCUGCUUUCCCAGGCAGCGAACGUGAAUCAACUUUCUGGCUCGCUCACUUCGGUCAAGAGCGAUCUUAGUGAUCUGGAUUCUUUGGUCGAAAAGCUCCGUUGCAAAAUAAGUGUUCCAUAUCAUUCACUCCAUAUUUCUCUUUCUCGACUACAAAAAUUUCAACAAGCGUCCGAUAUAUUGCGACGGACGUCCAGAUUUGUUAUCUUAGCGCGCCGGCUUGAAGGUCAGAUGGCUGAAAUGGACGGCCUCAACAGGAUCAAUGAUUUUUCAGACCCCAAACCUUCCGAAACAGCGGCUCAGAUGAGUUCCUCUACUUCGACUUCAGGUACAGGCAUCUUGGGGGACACUGGAGAUGACAGGGAUCGGACCAUAGCCAAAGCAGCUUUGAGUAUUGCCGAGCUAGUCACCCUAAUAGAUGGUCCUGGAACUGCAGGCUCUGGGAUCGCAGCAGGUCUAAUCGUUGAAGCCGGCAAUAAGGGGUCCUUCAAUCUUCGAUCAAUAAACGCCAUUGCAUCGCGUAUACCUUUCAUUGAAGAUGCUAAAAUCACAGUCACGAAUGAAAUGGAGAAUAUGGUAAUCACUGGUCUUAGUACCCUUAAUCAAUCACUUCUCGCGUCAUCCUUGCAAACAGCUUAUAAUUUGGGGGUUCUCCCGAAUCAGGUUCAAGCCCUCAUGGUAGAACUUUCCCAGGACGUCGAAGAUCGCAUUAAACGGGCAUUCGAUCUCACCGCCAUCUCAAAGGAUGCCAAUAAAGAUGGAAUUGCUAGUCCCAAUCCUGGGACCUCAACUGGGCAACAGUACAAGUCGCGAGUUCGCACUGAACCUACCAAUAUCACAGCUUCUCAAUGGACUGCAGCUCUAUGGAUACGAUUAGAAAAAAUGACCGAGGAGAUGGCCGAUUGUUGCAUUAAGGUUUACACGCUUGAAAAAGUUUUAAAGCUGAAACGGGAUACUGUUUCUCAAACUGUAUUCCUGGACGAAGCAAUGACGAUCCUUGAAAAUAAACCCAGCGCGACCUUCUGGACGGCACUGAGCCGCGCUUUAGAGAAGCACGGUCGUGAUUCCGCCAGAGGAUCCAGCUUCAUUCAGCAAACUUUAAGCACCGGGUAUCCAAAGCUGUUGCGACUCUUCCACGAGUUUUUUGCCAAAAUUGCAGUCCAUACCGACACGAUAUAUAGUCCCACCAAUCAGAGCCCUGAGACCGUUCUUGUUCUUCGUUCAUUGACCCAUUUUGAAACGUUGUAUUUGUCUCGUUCUGCAAGCAAACUCAAUGAGGCAAUUGCUCAAGCAUUUCCAAGUAAUGGCGCACGAGCGUCGCCAAGUUCCAACGAUGGUGUGAAUAUUGCUCGCACAGUGACUAACGAAUUAGACUCAGCGAGAUUUGAUCCCCUUUUCGUCCGUGCUGUUGCCAAGACUGUCGUUUCUGGUUUGAAUACAAUGAUCUCCAGAGCGGAUUAUCUGAUCGUGAAGGACCGUUCGGCCGUCCUACUCUCCGGUCCAUCUCCGACUCCUGCACAAGUAAUUAACUCGUCUGUGGCAACAUGUCUUUAUCACUGCCACUCACGUCUUGUGAAGCUCAGUGAGGAAUACAGCGAUGCACUAUUUCAGGUAAUCAGUCCCAAUAUUGAUAAAAUACAUGCUACAUAUGAACAUAUCAUUGAUCCAUUGCUGACUGCUAUCCGCCGUGAACUGGGCGCAAUCAUUGCUCGUCUGCAUCGGAAUGACUUUGGCAAAUCUAGUGAUAGAGCUGCAGGCAUGGGUGGUCCCAGCUUUUACAUGAAAGACCUGGUUGACAAGCUUUCUUACAUUAAGAUGGAAGUUUUGAGCAGAUUCCUGGUUGAAGGAGACAAUCACAAAUGGGUUAUGUCUAUCGUCAAGUUCGUGUUGCGAACAUUCGUAUUGCAUGUGUCCAUCGCGCAGCCUCUUGGAGAGAGCGGGAAGCUGCAACUGACCACUGAUAUGACGGAGCUGGAAUUUGCCUUGAGUGUGUUUAUGGUCGAGGGCUCUCAAAGCCAAAAGCGUGGUGGAAACCUUGAAAGCCUGGGCGACGAAUAUCGUCUAUUACGAGCAAUGAGGCCGUUACUAUUUUUGGAAAAUAGGCAGUUGGCUAAUCCAGUGUAUACAUCUGGCGUACCACCGCUGAUAGUCCUUCAUCAUAUCCUUGUACGAUCCCCAUUACCUCUACCACAUAGUCUUCACGGUUGGCAGGAGGCUGAAUACGUUCGAUGGGUGGAUGAACAUUCUGAAGAGGAAGCCAGAACCUUGAUUGAAGGCGGCCUUGCCCAUUGGGAAAAGAUGGCAGAAACUGAAGGCAGAGACCCCAAAGAGGCAGAGGAAUAUAUAUCAUUAGCGCGAACAGUUCUGUAUAACGCUUCCCCUUAGAAAAUGUCCUUAGUCAGCAUUAUAACUUUCCUCU